AACGGCGCCCGGCGCAAUGAAACGGGACGCGCAGAGCACCCAGGAGUACCCGGCCCGGCCCGAGGGGCCGGAGCCGCCCGCGGCACCCUCUUCCUCGGACCCGGCCGCGGAGCUCGAGCCGCGGCUGUGGAUCUUCGGGUACGGCUCGCUGGUGUGGAGGCCGGGCUUCGAGUUCACGUCGCGGAAGGUGGGCUUCAUCCGCGGCUACAGCCGGCGCUUCUGGCAGGGGGACACCUUCCACCGCGGCAGCGAGCGAGCGCCCGGCCGGGUGGUGACGCUGCUGGAGGACCGCGGGGCGUGCACGUGGGGCGUCGCCUACGAGGUGUGCGGGGAGCAGCAGGUCGCCGCCUCGCUGCAGUACCUGAACGUGCGCGAAGCCGUGCUGGGAGGCUACGACACCAAGCUGGUCAGCUUCCACCCGCAGGAGAAGGAGGCGGGGGAGCCCAUCCAGGCUCUCGUCUACAUCGCCACGCCGCAGAACCCCUCCUACCUCGGCCCGGCCUCCGAAGAAGACAUCGCGGCGCAGAUCAUCGUCUCGAGGGGCUGUGCGGGCCACAACGUGGAGUACCUCCUGCGGCUGGUGGACUUCAUGCGCUACUUCUGCCCGCAGGUGGAGGACAAGCACCUGUUCUCCAUCGAAGAGGCCCUCAUCGCCCUCCUGCCCUGCCUGUGCCACUCAGAGAAAGCCCUGGAGGAAGCGCCCGGCGUCCCGCAGAAGGCCGAAAGGGACAACUUCUUGCAGGGCUCCAGCAGGAGGGACGAAACGGUGGGGACAGCCUGAACUCCGAACUGACAGAAGCAUACGGGGCUGAGCGGAUGAAAGGAAAAGGGAGGGAGGAGGCAAAGGGGCUGCACGGUUCCUGUUACAGCCCUACCUGCAGCCACUGCUGCUUUCCAGGUGGGAAGCGGGGAUCCAGCUAAAGCUGUGCCCUAAGGCUUCAUUUUUGGGAUGAGACCUGGCGUGCGCUUCCUCAGGAGGGGAAAGAGGCUCAUCUGUGCACUUCUCUUAUUCUUUACGUUUUUAAACCUCAAAGACUGGUUGAGCAGGACUUGACUGGGUUUUAGCAGUAUAUUCACGUUCUACCUCAGGCUGGCCAAAGCCGUUGCAUGGCAGUAGAGCUUGGGCAGGCUCUGCCAAACGACCUUUUAUUCCCUCCCCUGCCCCACCUCCGGUGCAAUACAAAGUGAAUGUGCCUCUGCGGGUCCUACUUCCUGGUGUUGCUGAGGAUCACACUAAUGCACUUACUUUUCUAAACUGUUACGUCGUAUUUAUUAUGUGUUGUGUGUCUCCUUGGGAGAGGUGUCAGGCUGCUUAUGCGCCACUGUGGGAUGCAGCCCAUGCUCACCUUUGCAUUGGUGCCUUCUUGCUUUAGCUCAGUUUCCUGAGGCACUGAGCCUAUGUCAGUGACAGCAGCUUCGCUCCAGGCUUCACUGACCUUGUGCUGCUGCAGGCUCAGCCGAUGCUGUAAGAAACAGUCCUGUCUAGAAGCUGUGUGAAAGCUGCCUGAUGCAGCACUUUAACCAGCCCUGUCCUGGAUUGCCCUCUGGUGCUUGGCACAUUUGUACUUAACUGCAAAGGACCAUCGCUGAAAAUAAUGCAAUCCUGGAUCCUGCUUUGUCAGGAGAAGCAGAGGUACUGCUGCAAGCCCAGGCUUCUCAGCUUCACAUAUUAACAGCAUGAAAACCUAUACUACUUGGAAAGGAAACUGCUGCUACUGCAAUUAGCAAAAGAGCUGACCUGUAGCACACCUGACUCCUCCCAAACAUUGCUCUUUUUUAAAAAAAUAAAAAUAAAAAAUAGGGAAUGUUUCCAUUACUGUGGCUUGUAUGUGUAUGAACUGGUGCUGUGCUGUGCCCAGUAAUAAAACAAGCUGACAAAGUCA